ACCAUUGCAAGCCAUGGGUGAGUUAGCUAGCUAGUAUCUAGCUGUGGGUCGUCACAGUAAUAUUUUACAUGUUCGCCAAUCGGUAAGACGAUGGAAGAUUGGACGAAAUUCUCAGCAAAUGUGAGCAAGGAGGACGAAGAUGAUUUUGAGCUAGAUGAGGAGCAUUUUGCCGUUUCUGUUCAGAGCCCUCACUCCUUGGCUCCCAGAUGGCAUGGAUUCUGCUUGCAGUGGACGUGAAGGACCUACACAAAAUUGAGCGGAAUGGAACAUCUGUUGAUGAUUAUCUUGUGCUUGGUCUUCAGGAUGGCUAAGAGGAGACAAGGUGUCUUGGAAGCAGCUAAUCUCAGCCAUAUUCCAGCCAGCUGGUGGCAAUAACAGCGCAUGGCUCUAGACGUUGCUGGAUCCUUCAAAGAGAUGUGUACUUUCAAACUAUUGAGCAAGCUUGCAAUGCUAGCCACUGCACAUAUUUGUAGUUCUAGAUCUAGUAUUGAUAGUGCAGUCAAAGAUAUCCAGGGUCUUCUGGGGAACAAAGUUGCAGCCCGCUGGUACCAGAUGGGUGUCACUCUAGGAGCCCCACAAAUCCUGGUCCCACCCCUUCAUGUGGAGAACAGAGUGUACCAGUUUACUAUUAUACUCCUUUAUGAAGGUGUGGCAGCUGCUGUGCAUGACACUGUCUCUGGUCCUACCACUACUACAAAAAGGACCGGGAAACUAGACAUAAACAAAGAUGUUCUUGAAGCUAAAACCCUGUUGAUAAAUCUGGAAAAAGAUGAACUUAAGGAUCUAUUUAUGAAACUGGGACUUUCUGAUGCUACACUACAUAACAAGUACUCAGCCAGUGUUAGUGUCUACGCCAGUGACUUGUUGCGAGCAUGGAUACUAGGAAAGGAUGGCGUGCUGAAGUCAGGAGGAACUACAUGGGAGAAUUUGAGGAGAUCUCUUAUUUCAUUGAAUCAUCAUGGAGUAGCAGAGAAUGUAUGACUGCAUUGUUGCACGUAAUUGACUCUGGAAUGCGGAAAAACGAGUAGCAGAGAACGUAUGACUGCAUUGUUGCACGUAAUUGACUCUGGAAUGCGGAAUAACG